AAGAGUUCAAUGCCUCUGGUUACCUCUGCUGCUGCUUCUUGUUCUUCAAUGCUGGGAGCUGGUCGAGAGAAAGAGGAGGAGGAGGAGGAGAGUGAAGCAGCAAGUAUGAAGGAAGAAUCCAAAGUUCCAGUACAUGAAGAGUUCACUUACGUUUCUGGAGCAGCUACUCAGGUCUUAAAGUGUGGCCCUUGGAAAGACCUUUCCAAACAUGAAAGUAACCCAAGACUAUUAUUUCUAGUUAUUCCUGGUAACCCAGGAUUGGUUUACUAUUACCGGACAUUCAUUCAGACUCUGUACUCUGGCCUGAAACAGCAGUAUCCAGUUUGGGCUGUAAGUCAUGCUGGACACUGUAAAGUCCCUUAUGGCAUGAAAAUGACAGAAGAGAUGGAUGUUUGUGAACCAGACAACGUCUUUGGACUGGAUGGGCAAAUUGAACACAAGCUGAACUUCCUCCAGAAGAAUGUGCCCAAAGAUAUGAAACUUGUGCUUAUUGGGCAUUCAGUUGGUUGUUAUAUUGCCCUUGAAAUUAUGAAACUUGCUCCAGAAUUACAGAUUCUCCGCACUGUGCAGCUGUUCCCUACAAUAGAACGCAUGGCUGAGUCUCCACAAGGGAAGAUCAUGACACCCCUGUUGUGCCAGCUUCGUUAUGUUGUGUAUAUGCCUUUGUACCUGUUGACACUUCUCCCAGAAAGAGUCAAAUCGUUGUUCGUGCGCUUUGUGCUCCGUCAGAGCUGCAGUGAUGAGCCUUCACUAACAGCUACGGUCGAUAUGAUUAACAUGGAUUGCAUAGCCAAUGCAAUGUAUAUGGCAAGUGAAGAGAUGAGGAAGAUCAUACAGAACAGCCGUACUAUAAGUCAACAUUUAAAAAAGCUGACAUUUUAUUAUGGAGCAACCGAUCCAUGGUGUCCUGUGGAGUACUAUGAAGCUAUGAAGAUGGAAUUUCCAGAAGGAGACAUCAGAUUGUGCGAGAAAGGAUUCCGCCACGCUUUUGUCCUGGAAACAGCUAAAGAGAUGGCGGAAAUGGUUAUAGAUUGGGUACAGGAUGAUCUAGCUAGACUCUAAAUGGAGGUACACCAGUCUAGGUAGGAAAUUACUAUGGGUGGGAGGGUUAACUGUUUUGUGGAUGUGUAAUGUCUCUACUUGAACGCCUAAUUUUACCUGCGAAUUGUGGAUGCUUUUCUCUGGAAAAUGUGACCUAAGUUUGUGCUCUGAACAGAGCUUGGAAAAGUGACCUUUUUGGAUGAUAACUCCAAAAUCCCCCAGUUAAUAUGGCCACCAGCCAAAAUGGAGUCCCAUUGUCAGGAGACUUAUUGAAUGCCUACAGUGUGAUUUGUAAGUACCAGGACUGGGUUUUGUCAACAGCAGAAACUGGACUGGGAAAAGUGUAUUAUUGGCCCAAAGGUAAUGUCUCCUGUAUUCUAAAUUACUCUCAGGUAAACCAAUGCUAUGAAUUGUGGUAACGGUGCAGUUUCCCAUUGAAGAGGUGCUCAUGGAUGCAUACUCAGGGAAGAGAUUUUUUCCCCAGCAAUGAGAGUGAUCAAGGACUGCAGACUAAGUGUUUAUAUUCCCUGAAGAAGGGAAGAACUUCCUGAUGGUGAGAGCUGUUUGACAGUGGAAUACACUGCCUCCGAGAGUAGUGAAGUCUCCUUAUUUGGAGGUUUUUAAACAGAGGCUAGAUGGCCAUAUGUUGGAAGUGCUUUGGUUGUGUAUUCCUGCAUGGCAGGGGUUGGACUGGAUGGCCCUUGGGGUAUCUUCAAACCCUAUGAUUCUAGGGUUGGUACUGUAUCAAACUGACAUUUAGAGAACUAAUGUAGCAUAGUGGUUAAGAUCUUGAGAUAGGAGAAUCCCAAAGUCAAAUAAUCUCACUCUGCCAUGUGCAUUUUAUUUGGCCUUUGCAAAAUUUAUUGCCAUUGCAAGUAUUGUUUCUCGGUGAAUAUGAGCACCCAGUCUCUUAAAGAGAAGGAAAAAAGGACAGUAGGGGCUGAAAUUUGAAGAAAGACCCAGUUCAGAGAAAAGAGCCAUCACUGCUCUUAAAUGGAGAGCAAUAAUAAAAUUCAAAACGGUGAGCCAUGAUGCAUGAGGCAAAUAAGAUAUUGUUGUCCCUUUUGUCAAGUUUAAGAACCAAAGUGGUAUAGUGGUUAGAGCAGGGAUAUGCAAAAUGCAAUUUUCCAAGAUUAUUUUUGUGGCCUUGAACCCUUCCAGCCACCCUGUAUUGCCCACUCCACCCCACAGAAAAUAUUCUGCUGCUCCAGAAUAUUAAUUUCAUAAAAGCAGAAGAUAAUUUGGCAAAUUCCAGGAUUUUUUGUUUGUUUGGCAGUCUGUGAUCCCCUGGAGAGUCCUCUGGAGUUGCCCACCCGAGGUUAGAGUGUUGGAUUAAGACUGGGAAAUCCAAGGUGAUAUAAAACUCACUGAGUGGACUUUGAGCCAGUCUCUCUUUCUUUGUCUGGCUUACCUUAGAAGGUGGUUGCGAAGAUAGUGGGGAGGAGCCACUUUAUGCUGCUUUGAGUUUGUUGGAGGAAAAGGAAGGGAUAACUAAUAAAUAGUACUACUGCUUGCUCAUACUAGGCACUGUUCACCCAUUAAGUGACACACGCCUCCAACAGUAUAUCGAUAAAUACAGUAGAGUCUCUCUUUCCAAGCAUGUAUGUCAACAAAGAAAGGAGUCUGGAGAGGCCACAGCUCCUCAACAAGUGUACAUAUGGUGGUAACUGUGCCUCUGUUAUGUCUGUGAGAAAUGUCAUUUAAAUGAACUUAGACUAAUUAAUAAAAUUAUUCCAUUCAUCCCA